UCUUACUUUUCUUUCUGCUGUCAGAGUAAAAACCUUAAAUUAUGUCGGCAGAAAUCAACACGAAGAAAGUUCAGGAAAACGCAAAGACGCCUGGAUCAGACAGGAAAACAGAAGUUUGUUCUCGCUUCUGUCUGCUGCUGGUGUUGGGUAUAACCUUCGUCCUGCUGGCGGCGAGCAUCAGCAUCGUCACCUGGAGCUGUUUAGAAAUAAAGAAACAGAAAGCGAGAGUCAGCAGGCUGGAGCUGGCGUCUGAGCGGACAUGCAGAGAGAAGGAAAAGCUCAACCAGAAGCUCAGAUUCAUCCUCACAGCCACAAACUUCUCCGUGAGAAACUUCUGUCCCGCUGGAGCUGCAGAGUGCCAGCUGUGUCCGGACGGAUGGUUCUGGUUCCAGGAAAAGUGUUACUGGAUCAGGAACGACACCGAGCUGAACUGGGAAGAAAGUCGUCGGUUCUGUCAGAACAGAUCUGCAGAUCUGGUUGUAAUUAAUAAUCCACAGCAACAGACUUUCAUCAGUAACCUGAGCAGCAGCUUCUACUGGCUGGGCCUGCAGCACGUUGACGGCAGCUGGGUCUGGAUCGACGGCUGCAAAGACACUUUAGGGUUUUGGAUGAACGAUGUCGAGCCGCUGGGUUCGUAUGCGGAGGUUUUGGCCUGGAGGAAUCUCUCAGACAGCUGGCUGCCGACGACGUCUUCGACCUUCAGCAAGGUCGUCUGUGAGCAGGAAGCCUUCAGCGUUCUUCACCGGGAUAUUUACACCAUCUGAACUAAAACACGUCAUAGUUUAAAGUUUCAUCAUGAUAUUAAACAUCUUGCCUUUCAUUGGUGGUUUAAAUGACCUCAUCUGGUAAUUAGAGGAAAUAAACUGGAUAUUGAUCCGUUAAUGAUCAUGUAUGAAUUAUAUCUGCAUUGUUGUUGUUUUAAAAGUAUUUUUUUUCUAUUUGUCAUUACACCUAAAAAUAUGUAGUCAAUAUAAAUAAGCAGUAAAAUGACAGAAGAAAAUCAGUUAAAAGAAUCUCAGCAUGUAAGAUUUUUACAGUUUGAAAACAGUAAAUUGUACAUUAAUUUUAUGAGUUGUAUUCAUGUUCAUUUUAGGGAAAACAUUUUGUUUUCCAGUAAAACAUUUACACUGGCACCAUUCUACACUCUAAAGUAAACAAUGAUGAUGUCGUCUAACCAUGAAAAAAAAGUUUUACCUUUAAUUUUACGGUGGAUUUGUUUCAACCGCAUUUUACUGAACAAUUUACUGUUUUUAUAGUGUAUCGCUAGACGUGCUCAUGGUUUUCAGUAAAUGAUUUACUCUUAUUACUUUUAGUGUACAAAAAAUAUGUGAAGAUUAUUUGUCCUUUUGAAGAUUCUUCAUAUUUGUGGCUUUCAUGAAAAUUUAACACAAAACAGAAACGUCUGCAUGGAGUGAAGCAUGUUAACCUUCUAAUAUACUGGUGUCUCCAAUGUUUUAGUCUUUUCUUUAGUUUUAUUUAGACUUUAGUCUUUUGUACUAAAGUCUAGAAAAGACUAAACUAAUCUAGUGUGGCAGAGCUGCUUCAUCCUGCUGCCACCAGAGGGCGCUAUCCUACAUGAUUUGUUAUAUUAAAAGUUUGAAAACCAAUUUUGUUCAUAAACUCAGCCUAAAGUAAAGAAAUAAAUCAGAUUAGACUUUAUUCACUGUGUAGUGAAUAAAAAAAAGACUAAAUUUAGAUAUUUUUGUAUCAUUUUAUGCCAUUUAUC